CGGCACGCCGUUGGUCACCGCGGUAGACUACAGCUCCCAGCAUGCAAUGUAUCGCGGGAGGCUUAUGGGAACGGUCUGCUCUUUCCGGUACUGUUCGUUUCGGCGGCCCUGUAGAACAACGUCAAAAAUAGGGAAUUUGUGGCCCAUCGCUUUAAACCGUCCUUAAGUCAAAGAAUGUCCCAGGAGCAGCAGGUGGCGGAGCGGACGCGGCAGGCCUUCCUCACGGGCCGGACGAGGCCCCUCAAGCACAGAGUGAGCCAGCUGAAAGCCCUGCGGCGCUUCAUUGUCGAGCAGCAGAAGGACAUCGCUGAGGCCCUACAGAAGGACCUCGGCAAGACUGAGUAUGGAACGCAGCUUUACGAGAUGCUCGGGUUGGAGGAUGAGAUCAAGGUGGCCCUGGACCACCUGGCUGAGUGGGCGGCACCGCGGCCCGUCGGAAAGACACUGCUGACCGCCUUGGAUGACGUCUAUAUCCAGCCUGAGCCCCUGGGCGUGGUGCUCAUCAUCGGGGCUUGGAACUACCCCUGGGCCCUCACCUUGCAGCCGCUGAUCGGGGCCAUCGCUGCAGGUAACGCGGUGGUGGUGAAGCCCUCGGAGGUGUGCACUCACACGGCCAAGGUCAUGGAGGACCUGCUCCCCCGCUACCUGGACAAGGAGCUGUACCCUGUGGUGACGGGGGGGGCCUCGGAGACCCAGGAGCUGCUGCGGCAGCGUUUUGACCACAUCUUCUACACGGGGAGCAGCGCGGUGGGAAAGCUGGUGAUGGAGGCGGCCGCCCGGCAUCUGAGCCCCGUCACACUGGAACUGGGGGGGAAGAGCCCCUGCUACGUGGACAAGGACUGCGACCUGGCCGUAGCGUCCCGCCGCAUCACCUGGGGCAAGUUUGUCAACUGCGGCCAGACGUGCAUCGCGCCCGAUUAUGUGCUAUGCGAACCUGGCAUCCAGGACCGGCUGCUGCAGGAGAUGCGGAGCUGCAUCAAGGAAUUCUACACGGAUGACCCAAAGUCGUUCCCGGAUUACGGACGCAUCAUCAAUCAGCGCCACUUUCAGAGGGUGACGGCGCUGCUGGAGGGCAGCAUGGUGGCCAUUGGUGGCGACAGCGACGAAUCGCAGUGCUACAUCGCACCUACGGUUCUGAGGGAUGUGAAACCAGAAGCCAAAGUCAUGCAGGAGGAAAUAUUUGGCCCGGUUCUGCCGAUCCUACCGGUCAGUGGGCCGGACGAGGCCAUCCGCUUCAUCAACAGCCGCGAGAAACCCCUCGUCCUCUACAUUUUCUCCUCCAGCAACAAGGUCAUUAAGCAGAUGAUUGCAGAGACCUCCAGUGGUGGAGUCCUGGCCAACGACUGCCUGGUGCACUACACUGUCAGCGCAUUGCCCUUUGGCGGCGUGGGGCACAGCGGGAUGGGCCGGUACCAUGGCAAGUGCACUUUCGACCAGCUGAGCAACCUGCGCAGCUGCCUCAUCAAGACCCUGAGCAUGGAGGUGGUCAACAAGAUGCGGUACCCACCGCACACGGCCGAGAGGCUGCGCUGGGCCCGCGUCCUGCUGCUGACCCGCGUCCGGCUGGGCCGCCUCCGCCAGCUGGCGCUGUUCGCUCUGCUCGGCGUGCUGGCCGCCUUCAUGUAUAAGAGGUUCAUUAAGUAAGAGGCGGUGGACGGGGGUCUAACAUCUGGAUCGGAACCCGGACCCUGUGAGCCUAGAAGGGGCUUGGGGCAAUGAAAGAUGGACCCAGCACUGCCUUUAAGCAGAUCAUGAGAGCUGAAAAUGUGAGAAUCAUCAGGGGUCUCCAACUCCGGUCCUGGAGAGCUACUAUCCAGUAGGUUUCCUGUCCCACUUGGCUUCUGAUGAGCCACACCUGCUCCUGGUAUUUACCUGAGAACAGGUGUGGCUCAUCAGAAGCCGGGUAGGAUAGAAAACCUACUGGACGGUAGCUGUCCAGGACCGGAGUUGGAGACCCCUGCUGUAUAUAGUUAAGUAACUAGGGGACCUUGUCCUAGGGGCCAACGAUAGCUUUUCAGCCAUCCUAGGCAAAACUUCUUGGGAGCCCCCACCCCCACCAACAGGGUCGUCAUUUAACCUGCUCCAAUAAAGCAUACCUGCUUGAGAUGCACCGUCCUUAACUUUAACUGGGGUUCACUAUAAAUUCAUAUUUACUCGGUAUAAAGCUGCAGGUUAUAAUAAGAAUGGAGGAGAAAACUGUUGAAACAAACUACAGCACGUGCCCGAAACAUUUGCAGCCGGGCGAAUGUGAUUUUAGCACAAAUGAUAGCGUAACAAAACAUAGGCUCCGCAAGUCAGAACAAACAGCGUCGAAAUUGCGGCCAAGCUUACCUAAACUGCUAAACCCAUUUAUUGUUAUAGUAACGGGACGGUACAGUUCGAUUCACGGCUGUGCUUUUAAAGUUUCUGUAAUAUAAUUAUUACAUAUAUUAUUAAAACGAAAAGUAAUGGCUGGCCUUUGUUAUACUCAGACUAAUGGUUGAGUACAUUGCCCCUGAAGUUAUGAUGUAGAGGUGGACAAUCCCUGACAGUACUUUUCCACAGAUAGUUACAAAAAAACUGGCAAGUCCAUCGUCAUCGUUGUAAUGGUUAUUAUAAUCUGUUGUAUUCAAAUACAUUCUUCGAUGCAAAAUGCUUUGUUUAAUACAGAUUUUUUUUGUUAUGACGGUUCAAAAAUGCCUAAUAAAGUUCUUAUAAAUGAUA